UAUUUUCCGAACCACACAAGGUCCUGAGGGGAUAGCGAGUUAGCCGCAAGCCGGAUAGAAGAGGAAUUUUCAGUGGGGGUGCCGAACACACAGACAGGAGACAGCAAUGAAUAUGAUCCAUAUGGGCACUGGUUGUAUGAAUCCAAGUAGAAUUCGACCUCCACUUUCGGUGAAGUCCAUUACACCACCAUUGUGGGCACGAAGAACGAAUUUGGGAUCAAGAUUCCGAAGUUUGAAGUGCAGAAGCGGAUCGGAAGAGGAAAUUAGUAACAAUGGUAGUGACUUCAAUUUCAAGGAUGCAGUGUCGGGCAUGGUGGAUCAGCAAGUGCAGGAGCUUUUGAGCAGGAAGGAAAAUAGGGUUUUGCUUGAUGGGUUAGAGAAGGCGUCGCUGAGGGUUGAGAUGGCCAAGAAAGAACUCGCGUUGAUUGAAGAACAAGAGCGUGCCGCCAAGCAGUUCAGGGGCUACAUCAAUCAGCUUGAGGGCAAAGCCAUGGAGAUUGCAGAGUGUCAACGAGAAAUAUCAGAGGCAAAAGUAUUGAUUGAGGAAGCAGAACGCUCUCUAUCACUAAAUGAGGAUGGACUUGAAGAUGGGAAUGCAGCCAUGGGAAGCAAAACUGAGGAAAUUGACAGGGAUAAAGAGAGGUUGGAAUCAGUGAAGGCUGCAUCUAUUUCUGCCCUUAUAGGUUCCAUUGCAGGGCUCCCUUUAUGCUUGACUCAGGCCUCCGACUUUACUCAACUGAUACUCCCUUUGGCAAUUAAUUUCAUUAGCUGUGCAUUGUUUGGAGUGACCUUUCGAUACACCGUAAGGCGAAAUUUGGAUGAUGUUCAGCUUAAGACAGGGACAGCAGCAGCUUUCAGUGUCGUUAAAGGUCUUGCAACCCUGGGAGGAGGACCACUUCUUGAACUGAACUAUGAAAGCUUCUUAUCACAUGCCCUAAAUGGCACAAUCUAUGUGUUUGAGAAUCUUCUUAUUUUUGUUUUUGCUGCAGUUGGCCUGGACUACUGUUUCAAGACAAGGCUUUUGGGCCCAUUUCCUGUAAAUAGACCAAGUGAGAAUUCAAAGUGAAUGCAGCAUUUAUUUCAGUUGGCAUGUCGACAAUUUACAUUUAUUGGUCACUAUGUUGCCAUUUUC